AUGGCAGACACGCACAUGGAGGAGCUGGCGGAGUCCAGUGGAGCCAUGGCACAUGAAGGUGGAGGAUCUCGACUUUCUUACCACAGCGAACCUCUUCUUGCUCCUGAGACGGACUUUAUGACUGAUGAUCGGAGCUCGGCCAACAGCGGCAUGGACGUGGCCGAUCGUCUCACGUACCUGGAGCAGCGUGUACAGAUGCAGGAGGAUGAGAUUCAACUGCUGAAAAUAACACUGGCAGACGUGCUCAAGAGACUCAACAUUUCAGAGGAACAAACUGCUGCCCUCCACAAAAAAGGACCUGUAAAAGUGGCCAGGCCUGUAUCCUUGGCCCUUCCCCCAAGACCCUCAUCCAGCGGUAGUACAGGAGCUGGCUCUCAGAGGAAGGCUACCACAGUGCCCUCCACCUCCAGCAGGAACUACAGCCCAUCAACCAGCAAAAGGAGCCCAGUUGGGAAAGCAAAAGACAGUCCUGGGUCUGCUAGUGGAAGAACUUCUACCACCACCACCACCUGUAGGAAAGUGUUGGAGAGUACCAAAUCAAAGGAGACAGGCUCUAAUGUGGCAGGGACACGCCGCGUGACUCAUUGCAAAGUGACUAUGCAGAUCUUUCUGAGCCCCCUGUCAAGAAGGACUGGGUCUUCUGAGCCAGCUGUUGCCAUAACAAUACAGCCCAACACAUCUCCCCCUAACAGUGGAUCCUCUCAGACUAAAGGAGUGUCUGAUAAGACCAAAGCAACCGUCCAAAAAAACCCUGAAUUCACCCUGCUCAUGCAGAAGACCUCAUGUCGUUGCCCAUCUUCCCCUGUGGACAACCCCAGCUACAAGAGUCCUGUCAAGUCACCCAGUCAGUAUUUCCAAAUCUGCUAUUGA